UCCCCCACCUCGGGGCAGGUGAGCCUGGCCAAUCAGAGGGGGCGGCUCCGGCAGGUGCCCGACUUAUCUGGCCGGCUGGGGGGAGAGCGCGCCCACUGCGCACCGGGUGGAUGGGGCGGGAGGAGGGCGGGCGCCAGAGCCGGAGCGGGGCUGAGCGCGCGUGUGAACGGGCCGGAGGGCCAGCCGUGUCGCCGCCGCCGCCCCACAGCCGCCUGCCCGCGCUUGCCGCCAGCCCCGCCGUCGGGAGGGUCGCGGGGCUGCCGGCCGGGGCCGUCCUGGCGCGCCCACGGGCGCCUCGGGCACGCGCGCCAUGUUUCAGCCGGCGGCGGCGGCGAAGCGCGGUUUCAGCAUCGAGUCUCUGGUGGGCAAGGACAGCCACCCGCUGGGCCACCCGCUCCUGCGCCCGCCCGCCCUCGCCUACCCGCCCGCCGCCGCCGCCACCGCCGUCGAGGCCUUCGCGCACGGCUUCCAGGGCGCCGGCUCCGGGCGCUCCCUCUACGGCGGCGCCGAGCUGCUCUUCCCGGAGGCCGUGAGCCACCCGCCGCCGCUGGCCGGCGCCCACCUGCCGCCCUCGCCGCACCCCUUCUUCGGCCCGCAGCCCCGCGACCCGCUCAGCUUCUACCCGUGGGUGCUCCGCAACCGCUUCUUCGGACACCGCUUCCAAGGGGGGGACGAGGUGGCGCCGGAGGGGCUGCUGCUGCCGGGGCCGUUCGCCAGGAAGCCCAAGCGCAUCCGCACCGCCUUCUCGCCCUCGCAGCUGCUGCGCCUCGAGCGCGCCUUCGAGAAGAACCACUACGUGGUGGGCGCCGAGCGCAAGCAGCUGGCCGCCGGACUCAGCCUCUCCGAGACCCAGGUAAAGGUCUGGUUCCAAAACAGAAGGACUAAAUACAAGAGACAGAAGUUGGAAGAGGAAGGCCCGGAGUCAGACCAGAAAAAGAAGGGUUCCCAUCACAUCAACCGGUGGCGCAUUGCCACCAAACAGUCAAGUGGCGAGGACAUUGACGUGACGUCCAAUGACUAGUCCGAGGUGGGAGGCGGCUGAUGGCAAACAGACCAAUGAGAGGAAUGUGCGGGAACAGGAAGGGGAUCAUGUUCCAGUGACUGACCAAGGGCAGAGCAGCCUCCUUCCAGCACCAGGAGGUCUUCUCCAGGAGUGGGGGGAAGCAGGAGGCCUCCUGCCAACACUCCAGCCCAAGGCAUCGUAGCCUUUGAGAAGAGGCCACUUGGCCAGGAACUGUGGCGACCGACCUGAGGGUCUAGGCGAGGGAGGGGCAUCCCCUGCCUGAGGAGGAAGCCACCCGUCAGCCAUGCGAGCAAAUAAACAUGUCAGCCUAGACCCAUGGCGUACACACUGCUCUCGUCUUUGUGGGCCUUGGGGUGGUUCUCUCUCUCUCUUGUGAAGAACGCCUUCCCCUUUUAAUUUAUUCUUUUGUGUCUCUGCCUUUGUUGUGCGUGCCUGACCCUGUGUUGUAGUGAGCAAGCAGAUGUCAUGUGUGUUACCGUGCAGUAAUAAAAGCUACCUGGCUUGGAA